UCAAUUUACUCCCUUUCAUCUUUCUCUCUCUACCUCAACCAAAAUAAAUAAUUUUUUUUUAAAAAAAAAGAAAACCCAGAAACAAUCAGACAUUCAUUUGACUGCUGUUCUUCAAAUCAAUGCUGUCCCCUUAAAUCCUUACAUUUGUUAGAUUAUAACAUAAAAUACAAUAUGAAGUACAUUCGAUCUGCAAGCUUGAAGCGUUUAUUCUCAAUACGACGUCGUUCUACAGCUUCUUCUUCUGAAGAAACCCAGUUUUCUGAUCAUGAUUUUCUUAUGAAACCCACUUGGAAAUGUUUUUCCUUUGAUGAAAUCUUUAUUGCUACUAAUGGCUUCUCCUCAGAUAAUUUGGUGGGAAAAGGAGGGUACUCAGAGGUAUACAAGGGAGAAUUAGAAAAUGGGGAAAUGGUAGCAGUAAAGAAGCUAACAAAAGGCAACAAUGAGGAAAAGAGAGAAAGAGAAUUCUUGACAGAAUUAGGGACAAUUGGACAUGCUUGUCAUCCUAAUGUUUCUUCUCUACUUGGAUGUUGCAUUGAUAAUGAUCUUUAUCUUCUCUUCCCCUUUUCUCCUAGGGGCUCUACUAGGGUUGAUUUUGGAUUAGAUCAUAGUAUUCCUCCAAUGGAAUGGGAAGUGAGGCACAAGAUAGCAAUAGGUACAGCAAAAGGAUUGCAUUACCUGCACAAAGUUUGUCCAAGAAGGAUAAUUCAUAGAGACAUCAAGGCCACCAAUAUUUUAUUAACUCAGGAUUUUGAGCCACAGAUUUCUGAUUUUGGCCUUGCAAAAUGGUUGCCAACCCAGUGGAGUCAUCAUUCAAUUGCUCCCAUUGAAGGAACUGUUGGAUAUUUGGCUCCAGAAUAUUUCUCCCAUGGGAUUGUUGAUGAGAAAACGGAUGUAUUCGCAUUUGGAGUGUUUAUAUUAGAGCUUAUCUCUGGUAGAAAACCAGUUGAUGCAUCUCAUCAAAGUUUACGUAAUUGGGUACGAACCAAUUUUUUUUUUUUUUUUUUUAGAUUUUAAAAUAUAAGACUUUAAAAAGUAAAACCCUAAAGUAAAUUUAACGAGGUUGCCGCUUAGUGUUAAUAAAUUUAGGCUAUUAGGAUUUAAUUAUAUUGCAAAAAUAAUUUAGUUAUGUGGGUAGAUGUUAGUGGUUUAUGCAGCUUGUGAGUAGCUAUAACUAUAUAAUUUUUAAAUAGAAACAAUUUAAAAAUAAAUAGAAAGUAUUAUAUAUAUAUAUAUAUAUAUAUAGCAUAUACUACAAAUUUACAAUAUGUUAAAUUAGGCUGGACUUAUUGUGAAUGUCAGCAUAUUAACGGAGGACACAAGUGCACACACUUCAUAAGCUAAGGAGAUAUAUACCAUCCCAAAACCAUAUGGCAACGGGAAGAAGGUCUUUAAUAGCUUAUAAAGCGUGCAGACCAUUUUCAAUUUAUCGAUGUGGGAGAACUCAU